AGCUUCAUUUCAUUUCGUGCGUUUUUUGAGUUGAUUUUGGGUGGAUGGUGAACUAAGCGAAUUUUAUCAAUUGAGGUUCUGCUGGAAUUUACUAUUGUUUCGUCAUGCAUCGCAUAAUUUUGCUCUUUUGUACUCUAAAAGUUAGUUAACCUUCACUGCGGCAUUUCCUUUGAUUGGUUGAAUGGAUUUAGCUCUCUUAACUUCACUCUAUAGCUCACAUGUUGAACCCUGAAAGUGGAAUGAAUUUUCUAGAAAAAUUUGAUUGCGGUUUGAAAGUUUUAUCCAAAUGGGCUGCGAGGGAGGAUGAAAACGAAUUUAUUCUACUUGUCUCUCUAUGCAUUUUCUCUUUCUUCUGUUCUCCUCGCAUAAUUUUGUUGACUGAGAAAGAGGAUCAAUUACUGACUAUUGGAAGAAGAGACUGGGGUUAUGUGCCAGCGAGGACGUUGGGCCUCUAAGGGGUGGAUUAUGAGAUCCUACAUUGGUUGGUAACGGGAACGGCACAUUCCUUCUAAGGAGGUGGAAAUCUCUCCCUAUUAGAUGCGUUUUAAAAUUUUGAGGGGAAGCUCAGAUACCGGCGUGCCAAGUAAGGACAACUUCAUUAUAUAACAUUUCUAACCACUGCUCAAGGACAACUUCAUUAUAUAACAUUACAUAACAUUUCUUCCCCUCAAAGAGGUGGAUUGUGUGAGAUCCUACAUUGGUUGGUACGUGGAACGGCACAUUCCUUCUAAGGAGGUGGAAAUCUCUCCCUAUUUGAUGCGUUUUAAAACUUUGAGGGGAAGCUCAAACAUCGAACGGCGUGCCAGUGAGGACAACUUCAUUAUAUGACAUUGCUAACCACUGCUCAAGGAUAGAACACCCUGGAAAUUUCAAGAGAGACUUUAUAUUCUCGUUUAUCCAUGACUAAAUAAUGGAAGCUGCUGAUUCUGUGGCUCGGAGAAUACAAACACAUUAGUGAUACUGUACGAUGAUGAUUUUGUCGGGAUUGAGUGGCAAACCCUCAAAAUGUUGUCCUCUGAGACCUAGUACUAGGAUUCAACGUGAGCUGGUUUCAUCUUUUCCCAAUGGGAACUUUAGAGAAAUUAUUGAUUUGCAGUAUCUCAAAAGAAAUUACUGGACGGGUCCUGCUCUUAGAUGCAAAACUCUCCAAAUUCGACACACUACUAAGUGUGCAUUUGAUGCUUCCUCCAGAGAUCUUGCAAAUGAUUCUGCUGCUGAAUUCCCUCGAAUUCAUGUAAGGGAUCCAUACAAACGGCUCGGCAUAAGUAAGGAAGCAUCAGAAGAUGAAAUUCAAUCUGCCAGAAACUUCCUUAUUAAUAGGUACGCAGGGCACAAAGACAGUGUUGAUGCCAUUGAAGCAGCUCAUGAUAAAAUUAUUAUGCAAAAAUUUUACGACAGAAAGAACCCGAAAAUUGACCUCAAGAAAAAGGUCAGGGAAGUCAAUCAGUCACGGGUUGUGCAGGCUAUAAGGAGCAGGUUUCAAACACCAUCUACAAAAUUCAUGAUCACGGCAUUAAUUGCAUUCUUAGUUCUUGGCGUUCUUACCAUUCUCUUCCCAACUGAGGAAGGCCCAACCCUUCAGGUUGCUGUAUCACUCAUAGCCACUUUCUAUUUCAUACACGAUCGACUGAAGAGCAAACUCCGAGCAUUCCUUUAUGGGGCUGGAGCUUUCAUAUUCUCAUGGCUGUUGGGAACCUUUUUGGUGGUAUCUGUGAUCCCCCCUGUUAUAAAAGGAUUGAGAGGCUUUGAAGUAACCACUUCACUAAUAACCUAUAUCUUACUCUGGGUUUCAUCUACGUAUUUAAAGUAGCAGAGCAAAGAUUUUUUCUAUUGCGAGGUNUUUUUUUUUUU